AUGAAAUUAUACGACAUUAUUGAAAUCAUUAAACUUACUGAGUAGAGAGGACAGGAGCUAUUAAUAGAUGCUUUGAUAGUGGGUAUUGAAAUAGGAAGAGGAAAUAUUUCUGAUUUUAAUGACCUCAAGUGUGUUGCAGAAUAAUUAAAGAAUCUAAAACAGAAAAUUGAUAAUAGCCUAUUUAGUCCCUUCAUUAGAGAUAAUAUUUAUGAUAGGAUAAUUAAUGAAAAAGAAAAUUUGACUGAUGUUUUAUAAAGUGUCUAAAACUCUUUGAGAAGAUUAUCCUAAUAAAAUGUAUAAAAUGGAGUUUGCUAAGUUUGUCAUCAGCAGGUGCAUGGACAAGAUAAAAUGAAAACCAUCUAAUUGCAAUGCAACCAUUUAUUUCAUUAGUAAUGUGUCUUGCCAAAUUUAAUUAUGCAAAAUGAAAUAUUUCCGACUUAUCAAUGUCCAAUUUGUGAAACUUAAACACUCAAAGAUGAGAUAUUGAACCAAUUACAAAAUAAUUCAUAAUAAGUAGUUUCUUGUUGUCCAACACCAGCAUGCAGAAAAAAAUUUGUAUUUUAAGGAUAAGAAAUUUAUAGAUGCUAAAAUUGCAAAAAGAAAUACUGUCUUAGAUGUUUUUCUUAAAGCCAUGAAAUUAAUAAAUGUCAAGCAAGUGAUAAUAAUUAAUUUAAAAAUGGUGAUAAUUAUAAGGAAUGUCCACAUUGUAAAAAAUGGAUGAAAACAUCAUAAGUUGAGGGUACAAUUAAAUGUAUCAAAUGUAAUAAAACUGUUUGUUUAGGAUGUAAUGAUUCAAAAUGCAGUUGUUGUUGUGAAAACAAAGGAAACAUUUAUUCCUUUUUUAAAAGUAAAUUUUCAAUUAAACAAUAAUGA